GCAGAGCGACCCGGUAGCCCCACCACCGUUCAUAAAUACUAAUUUUCAGCGAAAGGGGAAUAAAACAUAUCGACAACAGAACUGCUCUCAGUGCUGUUCCCUUUUGCCUGAUGCUCCUCGCAUAGUUGGGUUUUCUCCUCCACUCUUUUCCUUUUUCUCCCCUUUUUUUCCCCCUUCUUUCCAUUUCUUUUCUUCUUUUUUGCUUGGCUCUUUUUUUCCCCCUCCAUCACCAAAAGCAAGUCGGGGGAACGACUGUGUCUGAUGCCUUAUCUCUUUUGUGCUGACUGCUGGAGAUGAGCCUAGGCUUGACCUGACCAUGAUUCCAAGGACUGGCACUUCUCUUUUACCCCCACUUUGUAGAGAUCCAGACCUUCUCUUCCAGAUUGUCAAGAAAAUUAAAUUUUUGCUGAAUUUGGAAAUCUAGGCAGCAGCAGCUUACUUUUUCCCUGCAUCUCUCUGGAAUCAUUUCUGGGAUAUUUCCAAAUCAUCACAGAAAGCAGGAGGAAUGAACCGGCAGCUAGUGAAAAUUUUGACAACCUUGUUUGCAUUUUUCUUAGAGACAAACCACUUCAGGACGACUUUCUGUAAAGAACAUGAUUCAAGAUCUGGAAAAUCCCCCUCACAGACCCUGUCUCCUUCAGAUUUUUUGGACAAAUUGAUGGGAAGGACAUCGGGGUAUGAUGCUAGAAUCAGACCAAAUUUUAAAGGUCCUCCUGUAAAUGUUACCUGCAACAUAUUUAUCAACAGCUUUGGUUCAAUAGCAGAAACUACAAUGGACUACAGAGUGAACAUUUUUUUGAGGCAGCAGUGGAAUGACUCACGUCUGGCAUACAGCGAAUAUCCCGAUGAUUCCCUGGAUUUGGAUCCCUCUAUGUUGGAUUCUAUUUGGAAGCCAGAUUUAUUCUUUGCCAAUGAGAAGGGAGCAAAUUUCCAUGAUGUCACAACAGACAACAAGUUGCUGAGGAUUUCUAAAACUGGAAAGGUGUUGUACAGUAUCAGGCUCACUUUAACCUUGUCCUGUCCCAUGGACUUGAAGAAUUUUCCUAUGGAUGUACAGACAUGUACAAUGCAGCUCGAGAGCUUUGGCUACACCAUGAAUGAUCUGAUAUUUGAGUGGUUAAGUGAUGGACCUGUGCAAGUUGCAGAGGGUUUAACUUUGCCACAGUUUAUUUUAAAAGAAGAUAAAGAACUUGGUUAUUGCACAAAGCAUUACAACACUGGAAAGUUUACAUGCAUUGAAGUCAAGUUUCAUUUGGAGCGUCAGAUGGGAUACUAUUUAAUCCAGAUGUACAUUCCUAGCCUGCUGAUUGUCAUUUUAUCCUGGGUUUCUUUCUGGAUCAACAUGGAUGCUGCUCCAGCCAGAGUUGCACUGGGCAUCACUACAGUUUUGACAAUGACCACACAAAGCUCAGGAUCAAGAGCUUCCCUCCCAAAAGUCUCCUAUGUAAAAGCUAUUGACAUUUGGAUGGCUGUGUGUCUUCUCUUUGUCUUUGCUGCUUUGCUGGAAUAUGCAGCAGUCAACUUCGUUUCACGGCAGCACAAAGAAUUCCUGAGGCUUCGGAGAAGGCAAAGAAGACAAAACAAGGAAGAUGAAGUUGCUCGUGACAGCCGAUUCAAUUUCAGUGGCUAUGGCAUGGGCCACUGCCUCCAGGUCAAAGAUGGCACAGCAGUCAAGGCUACACCACCCAACCCAACUCCAGCACCACCAAAGGAUUCAGAUUCCAUCAAAAAGAAGUUUGUUGACCGUGCAAAAAGGAUUGAUACAAUAUCCCGUGCUGCGUUCCCACUCGCCUUCCUCAUUUUCAACAUCUUUUACUGGAUUACAUACAAAAUCAUACGGCAUGAGGACAUCCACAAGAAAUAGGCAGCUCUGGUUUGCCAGGACUUCUUAGCCAAAGUGAUCCACAUGUAAAUAAACAGCGAAAUGUCAUUCUGUCAUAUGGACUAAGGGUUUCUUCCCCACUCCCCCAGAACACUGGAGAAAAAAUUAGCAAAGAGGAAAAGAAGUGUAGAAGGAAAAGUAAUUCCAUGACAAAAUAUGCCGUGAGACCAGUCAAGAGGCUCCCCCUAUGUACUCCUAGUGUGUUCUUCCAGAUUCAGCAUCGAUCAGACAUCUAUAAUCGGGGCCAAAUUAUACCCAGCUUUAUCACCAAGAUAUUACCUUUCAGAACAAAAGAGAAUCAGAAAACAAACAAUUCUCCUAAAACAUCUAUCAAGAGACUGUGGUGGCUACAGUACAGUGAGUUAUAAGAGGACCAAAAUUUUUCAGGAUAAUGUUGCCUUUCUAUUUGAAACAAGUCUACUGAGCUACAUUCCAUGAUCAUGUCUGUAGGUAGUGGUUUCACCAAGGAGUCCUUUUGUGGGUUGUAAAUUAUUUCUACUGAUAGGGGAGAGGGAAAAAAAAAGGAAAAAAGAAUUUAUACUUUACUAUCCUUGUGGGUGUGCAUUUUAAUAUUAUCUUGCUUUACUAGAAUUGUAAUUUUGGGGUUGAACUUGUGUGUCAUGUGAUUUAUUUGAUAGUUGACACUCCAAAACCAGUGAAACUGCCCAGUUUAUUUCUGUUGGGAGACAGUGCACUUACUUCAUUUUAUUUCUGCUGAUUUUACAUGCAACUUGAGGUGCCAAACUGUAUUUUACCUAUUGUGCUACCCUGUACCACACUACUUAGUAAGAACUUGUUUCCUCCAAGGUGUAGCUCAGUUUAGCAUUGAGUUUCUAUUAUCGCUCUCAUUGUAGCUGCAGUCAAUAGCUCUAUAGGUAAACACAACUUGUUUACAGACCUCUAAUUUAUAUCUUUACUCAAAGUGGCUAUCAUUUUAAAUAUCAUUAAUUAACCUAAGAAUUUUAAAACUGUACUGUGAUUUUCAGAACCUGUUACCUUUUGGUGCCGGAUCUGCGUUAUUCAAAUCCUUGCUACAUGUUUUAAAGUAGAAAAUUUAAAAAAAAAAUUAAAAAGAGGAAAAAAAGAUGGUAUUUUUGCUUACAUGGAAGAAGAAAACCUGUAACAUAAGAUGAGUAAAACAUUAAAAUUUUACACUUGCUGUAAAAGGGUUUAUUAAAAAAAAGGUAUUUGUUCAAUUUCAAUAAAGCUAAAUGUGGUACUAACA